AUGCCUAUCAGCGAAACCAAUUACGGACUGGUUCGCAAAGCGACUGGUGUAGCGGCCUUUGAGCGCAUCCCAGUCCCAACGCUACCCGAUGACUAUCUGCUCAUUCGCGUCGUUGCAGUUGCUGUAAAUCCUACUGACUGGACAACCCUUGAUGCACCAGGUGACAAUGGGACGCUGGUGGGGUGUGAUUGGGCAGGAACAGUGGAAGAGAUUGGGCAAAAUGUUGAGAAGGCUUUCAAAAUAGGUGACAGAGUGGCUGGCUUUGCUCAUGGAGGCAACGACGCUAGGCCACAGACAGGCGCCUUCGCAAGAUUCAUUAUAAACAAGGGCGAUACAGUACUCCGGGUCCCCGAUAACGUGCCAUGGGAAGCAGCCGCAUCUGUCCCGUGCGCCGUCGGGACGAUGGGUCUUGGAUUGUUCAAGUUCCUUUCGAUACCAUUCCCGGGACUCGAGUCCACCCAAAGCGGUCAAGACGAUAACAAGACUGUUUUGAUCUAUGGAGGUUCAACGGCCACUGGAACUAUUGCAAUUCAGUUUGCGAAAAUGGCCGGGUACACUGUUAUUACGACGGCAUCGCCUAAGCACUUUGAACUUGCCAAGGGUCGCGGCGCUGAUUUGGUAUUUGACUAUCACUCCCCUACUGUGGGAGAAGACAUCCGCAAGGCGACCGACGACAAGCUCAUCAAAGUUCUGGAUACAGUCAGUAAGAAGUCUUCUGCCGAAAUUUGUGCUGAAGCGCUUAGUAGCAAGGGGGGAAUCUACGUCAACCUACUGGGAGAGUACGACGCCCCACGUCCUGAUGUUGAGUCCAUCUUCUUUCUCGUCUAUGGUAUUACUGGCGAGAAGUAUAUCUUCGAGGGCAAGCAUUGGGAAGCUCAACCUUCGUACUUCGAAUUUGCCAAGAAGUUCUUCCCUAUUGUGGAGAAGCUUUGGAGCGAGCGCAAGUGGACGGAACAUCCACGUGAGGUCAGGCCUGGUGGCCUCCCUGCUGUGCUUGACGGUAUGAAGGAUAUGAAGGAAGGUAAGAUAAGUGGAUAUAAGCUUUUGUAUCGUGUGGAUGAGACCCAAUGGCCACAGUAG